UUGUCGUUGUCGUUGUCGCCACUUUCCUUUCCAUCAAAACCAGAUUACUUUGUUCAAUCACACUGUUUUUGUUCUCGCCGGGAACCAACCGAAAAAACUUCAUAUUUUCCUUUCUCCACUUUCUCUCCAAUUCCUUCCACUUCUCCCCCAUCAAUCUAUCAUAAAGUCUUCAAUUUUUUUUUGCGGGGUUUACUUUUAUAGUGCGUAUAUUUGUGACAUCUGGAGAAGAAAAAAGAAAUGAGGACGGGAAAGGGAAGUCAAGAGGAAGAUGAGUUUGGUUCCAAAAAAGCAAGGCCUUCGGUUUACACUGUGUCUGUCAACGCCAAUAACAAAACCGACAUCAACAAUGAAGCAGAUGGGAAUAACACUGAUAAAGCUAAAGCGAUGCGAUCGAAACAUUCUGUUACCGAGCAGAGGAGGAGGAGUAAGAUAAAUGAGAGGUUUCAGAUAUCGAGAGAGCUUAUACCAAACACGGAUCAAAAGAGAGAUACAGCUUCAUUCUUGCUAGAGGUCACAGAGUAUGUCCAAUUUUUACAGGAGAAGGUUACAAACUACGAAAGUUCAUACCGGGGAUGGAGUUCAGAGCCCACGAAAUUAAUGCCAUGGAGAAACAAUCAUUGGCGCUUUCAGAGUUUUGUUGGUCAACCACAAACUAUUAAAAAUGAUUCUGGUCCAGGGUCAACAUUUCCCGGGAAGUUGGAUGAGAAUAACAUCAAUAUGAGCCCACGAAUGAUCACAAGUGCACUGAAUCCUGCCGAAGCUGAUCCUAUCAGAGAUGCGACAUCCAAAGCUAUGGAUCAGCAACCCGAGUUGGCAAACAAGGGAAUGCCUCUGUCCAUUCGAGGUGAUAAUGUGUUUGGUCAUCCAAUUCUGAGACCCAUGUCCGAGGCUCAAUCAACCAAAUGUCUUAUCAGCAAUGACACAUCGAACCAACAGGACAAUCUGACUAUUGAAGGAGGAACAAUUAGCAUCUCCGGCGUCUACUCUCAGGGGUUAUUGACUUCUCUCACGCAAGCACUGCAGAGCGUGGGUUUGGAUCUGUCACAGGCCAACAUCUCAGUGCAGAUAGAUCUUGGAAAGCAUUCGAAUAGAGGGCUAACAACCGGCACAUCUGCUGAGGAACCGCAGAACUCCCCUGUUCUGGCAACGACCCAUCUUAGAGACAUGAGCAGUGGAGAGGAAUCUGAUCCAGUUCAAAAACGGUUGAAGAAAUAAGACCGGCAAAAGUUUUUCAACUUCAGUUUUACCCUUUUUGUCAUCUGAUAUUCCUGUUUCGUCACAGUUUCACUUUGUUUUGGUUAUCGUAAAUGCUUCGGUUUUGUGUAUUUUGGGGUCAAUGAUCUAGCUCCGUUA